UUAAAAAGCGAGGACAGGGUAAACCUUUACACAUACUAAACUGUGUCUACUCAAGAACGUUGCCAUGAAAUACCUACGUCCUAAGUCUUCUUUUUCUCUGUAUCUUUCUGUUCGCCCAACUAAAUAGGAAGAGAGGGAAGAAUGAAUUGUCAACUAGGAUGAAAAACUCCAUUGUAUUGGCAUUUGGCAAGAUUUGCACUUGCCUUGCCUGAAAAAGAAAUUAUUAGGUGUUUUCAUUUUCUCUCUUUUCUUGUCAUUCGUAUUUUACGUCAGUGUAUAAUUUCUGUGAUGUGAUGAAUUUCAAGUAUACAUUUCAAGUGAUUUCGUAUCAGAUUGAAUGUGAAUAAUUCCUGUUACGAUACGACAACGCGAGUGCAUAUGCAAUAGUGUAAAACUUAAUUGUGAUCAGUAUUAGAUUUAUCAAAAUAAAACAAGUGAUAUAUGUAUUCGAGGACACACUUCAUCAUAACAAUAUCAUCAUUCUCGAGCAAAAGCGACGGCCGCCGUCGCUCACCGUAAGAUGCGUUCGCUGCUCGCGUACUACGCGGAGGCAGUGAUGACAGCGGCCGCGCGCGGUGCCGGCUGCGCGCUCGGCUGCAGCGGCCGCGGCGAUUGCAUGAACGGCACGUGUCUGUGCGAGAUACGUUAUGCUGGCGACGAGUGCGCAGCGCCCAACCUGCCCUAUCACGCCUGCAUCGGCGGCGUUUUCCUACUGGUGGCGUUCGUGUGCGCCGUCCAGCUGACCAUAUGCGUGGUGACCGAGUACAGGAGGCUGAAGGCACCCACCUUCCUGAGAGCUUGUAAGGUCACCACUCAGAAGAUGCUUUACCUGGUCGCGUUCUUGGCGUCCCUAAUACGUGGCGCGUACUUCGUGUCCCCGUCGGCGUUCCAAGAGGGGUGGGCGACGAGUCUUCUAUCAGCUUACUACCCGCUCCUCAUGUCUGGCUCCUCGCUGAUUGUCUGCUUCUGGGCAGAGGUGUUCCACCUCCGCGACAUCCGCUGGGAGCGGCCGCGGUUCCUCUCCAAGUCGUUCCUCGCCUUCGUCACGUUCAAUGUGAUCAGCUACUCCCUGCUCGCUGCCGAAGUCCUCACCACCAGCGUGGCUGACACUUCUGCUGAGAAGAAGAGUUUCUACCAGCACGUUUUCAACGGAUGCUACGCUGUGCUGCUGUUCAUCGUGGUCAUCUUCUUCCUCAUUUACGGAGUUGAAGUCUUUUUUAAGCUUCGCGGCGAAUUCCUCAAGGAGACUAAGGUGUGCACGAUCAUAUCGCCGCGGGCGGGUCCCUCCUCCGCGGCGGAGGAUGAUGAUGUCCAAGACACACUGGUCACUAAACAGGGCAUCCAAACUGACUUGACCGAUAGCGAUGGUACAGUGGACCCUCGUUCGGUGAACCAGUCGCAACUCCAGCAGUCCAGGGUCGGGCUGGUCAGCCAGGCGCUGAUGCUUAUCCUCAUCGCCGGUUUCCUCGCUUCGGAGACACUUGGAGAGUUCUGGAAAGCGAAAGUGCCAGUGGUCUCCCGCAACUGGCACGACUUGGUGUUCCGCCUGGCGGAGAUCGGCGUUGCGCUAUGGUUCCCCUGCGUCCUGUGGAACUCCAUGGCGCCCGAGAGACUCUGGCUGCUGAACCCUCGGCGGCUGCUGGCCCGCCAGCUGGACGACGCCAAGCUAUCCGACUUGCUGCAGCAUCAUCGUGACGCCAAGACCUUGGUGUUGUUCUGGCGUGUGACCUGGUCACAAAAAAUGCGUUUCCUCCUCGCCGUCGGCGGGUAUUACCAGUGGUUGCUGUUCAGGGUUAUAUUGUCGGUGUUCUUCAGGCCGCUUGCUUUGGACAAUUUGGAGUAUCCGAAUGUGGAGACCGACUCCCUAGUGGGCAGCGUGGGGUCGGGCCGCGACUGCUGGAUCUGCUACGACGGCUCGCGACCGGAGCCCCUCAUCCGGCCAUGCCGCUGCACCGGCGACGUGUCCGCCGUGCACCACGACUGCCUCCGGCGGUGGCUCGUCGAGAGUGCUGCGACUCCAGACGGUUUGAAAUGCAAAGUCUGCAACACGCCCUACAUUGUUCAAGAGACGAACAGAGUGGAAUGGGAACGCGGCUUCACCUGCCUGCACUGGCUGCGCACGGCCCUAGCCGUGGCGUGCAUGUGCGGCGCCGGCGCAGCCGCCUGGGUGGUGGUGCAGCUGUUCCAGUCGCCCGUGGUGCGCGUGCUCGCCGCCGGCGCCGCCUUGCUCGUCUGCUACGUCGCCGUCAGAUUCCUCGGCAGCAACACUGUGACGGCGUACCAGCGGGCCAAAGUGUCCUCCCUCAGGAUACUGACCGAGCCCCUGGACCAACCGGACCAUGGGUUGUCCACUAUCAGCAAAACGGUCACCGUGGACAUCACGGCCAAAGCGGUGCUGGACCGCGCGCUGAAAGGCGAAGAGAAAUAAAUUUUUAGUUGUGGACUGUUAUCAUGUGAAAACGGAUAUACAUAAGUACGUUUCCGGAACUGUUAUACGCAGAAUUGACGUUACUAUUGAGUAUUUCGGUUUUUUUUCGUUAGUACAAAAGAAAGGUGAUACCGCGAGUCCGAUACGUAAAAGUUUUGUUGUGUGUGAUUUUUUUUUAUUUAUUCUAUGUUAUUAUUUUUUUUUAUUUGACGGUUUCGAUUCGAUAAUACGAUUGCGCAUUCGAUCGAUAGAACGCUAUUGAUGUUGUUUUUUUUUUUAAUUUGUGUCUGUUGCCGGUCGAAUUUUGUUAUGUCAAAAUGAGGGCUUAUUUUUUUAUUGUAAAAUAGAGAUUGAGAGAAUAUUAGAGAGAGGCCUUUGAUCAAAGAUUUGACACUUUGAACUGUCAAAUGAUAUUUAGUUUAACGAAAAUAGAUGAGUAUUAGUUGGCCCUCAUUUUACACUGUAUGUCCGGUAUACAAAGACAUUUGUAAAUCAAAUUUUUUAUUAUUAUUAUAACUUUUAUAAUUUCAUAUGAUUUAUCAACUUUUAUUUCAAGUAUAAUUUCUGUUAUAUGUAAUGUAUUUUAUUGAAUGAGGCUCGAUUAUUCUUUUAAAUAUAAGUCACAAAUAUGUGGGAAGCGAAUGUGAGUGCCAAAGAGUUUCCCUUAGUAUUCUUUGAUAAUAAUAAAAAUUAAAAAAAAAAUUGUGUAAGGAUUAAGAAAAAUGUAAGGGUGUGAAGAAAAUUUUUAAAGCAAUACGUAUUUCAAAGUGAAUUUAAACUAAAAAAAAAAGUAAAAAAUAAAAUUUUGAUAAAUUGUAGUGGCAACAAUUUUUGAGUGAUUUUUGGCUUUAUACUUCAUUUAUCAUUUUGACGUGUUGCAUCUAUCCUAAAGCAUUUUUUAAUUCGUGUGACCAAAUUCUGGAUGUAGCAAGCCAGGCCACAAUAUGUGUGAGCAUAGAGAGGUCAUAGAAAGAAACGGACAAAAGUGUCUUAUAGAACAUACAUACAUAUGGUCACGUCUAUAUCCCUUGCGCGGUAGACAGAGCCAACAGUCUUGAAAAGACUGAAUGACCACGUUCAGCUAUUUGGCAUAAUGAUAGAAUUGAGAUUCAAAUAGUGACAGGUUGCUAGCCCAUCGCCUAAAAAAGAAUCCCAAGUUAUAAGCUUAUCCCUUGGCCGCCUUUAACGACAUCCAUGGGAAAGAGAUGGAGUGGUCCUAUUCUUUUUUGUAUUGUUGCCGGGAACCACACGGCAGUGUCUUAUAGAAAGCUGAGAAUAUAAGUCAAAAUCAAUUUUUUUUUCAGAAUAUUGCCCUUCGCUGGUACUUUUUCACGUCAUAUAUUUAAGUCAGAUGUUACACGUCAUAAGUGCUGCUGUCUCGCUCUUUUAUAUCACUUGUCUCUUUCACGCUUGUCAUAUCAAUUUCCUUACAUAGUGUUGUGAGAGUGUAAAUGAAUUAUUUUUUUAUAUAAUAAUAAAAAGCCAAAAUAGUUAAAAAAAUAAUAGAAUAAAAGUUGUGUGCCGUAGUCUUAUCAUUCCUUGAAUUUAAUGUAAAUAAGAAAAUAAAUAGUACUUAUACCGUUAUGGAUUUACAAAUUAUGUAGAUUUGUUGUUCAUUUUAUAUACAUUUAACGUGAUUUUGGAAAAUUUUAGUAAUAAUAAUAAUUUAAAAUUAUUUUAUGUAUAUAGGUACUAACAUCUUGAAAUUUCAGAGGAAAGCGAAGAUUUUUAUAAAUUGCGUUUGCGUACACGUCAAUGGAUCUAUUAUGAUCAUUUUAUUGCAUCAAUCUCACGUUAAGUGUAUAUAAAAUGCGCGUGUAGGUAUAUAUUUUUUUAAUCUUUCAUCUAUGUUGUGUAUGUAAUGAUUAAAAAAUCUUGCCACAUAGUUUGUAAAACCCGCCAAAUAGAACAACUGCCGGUUAUCUAUCUGUCUUCGUCACUCCCCUAGUGUUUGUCCCGUUCCCUCCUUAAGGAGAAGGAAUUGGCCUUUUUAAGUGUCAGGAAUUACACCGGCAUAUAAUUUUUCUGUCUUAUGUUUUUCAGUUUUUUUAAUUUAUUUAUAUUUAUAUGUACAUACAUAAAACAAAUACGACUAGAAUUGUGUAUAGUUGAAUUACGAGCAAUUUGAUACAGAGGUUAUAAUAUGGCUUAGGUUAUGUUUAUGAAUAUGUGUGCGAAAGGAUUUUUCGUAGUUGGCAAUAUUCGCGGGAAAUAUUUGUAGUUCUUGGCGAGCGACAAUGGAUUACGGUAACCGCUUACCAUCACGGUGGCCGUACGCCUAAUUCUCUUCUUAGUUUAUUUGCCAAAGCUUUAAAAGUUUUGGUUUAUCAACGUUUUUCUACCUUUUAUUAUGGUCUCAAUUAUAUUAUACAAAGUUGAAAUACCAGUGGUUUUUAUCUAAAGAAAAUUUGUACGAUUUUAUCGCCAUCUCGCUCUAAUUUUAAUGCCCCCAAUAAUUGUGAGAAAUAGCUAUAUUUUUGUGAGCUUGUCGUUAGAAAAGGCCAUAGAGUUAAGAUGAGAUAACCGGCAAUUGGAUUAAUAUUUCUCGUCAAUUAAAUCUAUGUAGUAUGACGUAUAUUUUGCUAUUUUAAUAUUAAUAUAGUACAUUAGUCUCGUAGUGGGCUAGUUAUGUGAAGUCAUUAUAGAUUGCAAUAUUUUGUGAACUAAUUUUUCGUAACAAAUUUGAUCAGCUUUAGGAAUGAAAACAAAAAACUAUAUAGAGACGCCGAAAUAUUUAUUGGAAAGAUUGUUUCCACGUAGUGAAUGCUAUCCCAUGUCAGAAAAUUUUAAGUAACAUAGACAUCAGUAUAUGAAGUAAUAUAUAUAUAUAUACAUUCAAAAGGAAAAUAAUAUUUUAAAGGAGGUGAGGUGCCUAGCCUAUAAACGCUAAAAAAGCAUUAAAUAUAUAUUUGACAUUGCUAAAAAUAAUAGAAAACCUUUGUCACAAUUUUCUCUCAUGAUUACGUCGUGUUACCGAAUUUGACCCAAUUAGGGGGUAGGUUUUACCGAUCUAUUUGGGUCACAUUUCUCUCAUAAUUAUGUCACUAAUAGUUAUGUGACCAUACGCUGAGUACAAAGAUAUUUUAAAGUUAAUGACACAUUUUUAUCUAUAUCAAUCUAUAAUUCAAUAUUUUAAUCAUGAAAAAUUAUCCUAGGUGUUCCUCAAGGCAGCAAACUGGAGCCAUUUGAUUUUUGUUUAAAAAAAAAGAAUGUAUCAAUAAUUUUGAAUAGCUUUUAUGCAUCGGAGCAAUAGAGACUUAAAUUUUGAUCUCUCAUACAUUUCAGAUUAGUGUAGUGGUUUGAAAUGUAGUGUAGUUUAACAGUUGAAUUCAUUGUAAAUAUUGACUUUCCAGUAUUCUGUGCAUAUUUGGAGGGUCGCAAUGCGGUAUGAGUGUUGAUAAAUAAACAAAUAUUAUUGA